GACCUAACUCCGCACGGGCUUCUUUGCUUCAAUUUCCAACCACCCCUGAGUGAAAAGGCACAUGGCGUCCGCAGUGCAGAAUUCGAAUCCAACUAUAUUGAACGUUGCCGAUCUUCCCACUCGAUUGGGUCCGGCUGCGUUGAGCAAGGCGGGCACAGAUAGGGUCGGGACUCUUGCAUCAAUUUUUCCACCUUCUGCGUACUCACUUGAUUGUUGGCCCACCGGAUACUCAUCUUCAGAUGCUAGCGACGAAGAAGACGUGACGGAAGAGCCGAUUGAUGAGCAAGAAAUAUAUGAUCUCAUAUCAUCUAUAUCUGAUCCAGAGCAUCCGAUAUCUCUAGGAGCACUUGCCGUCGUUUCGCUUCCAGAUAUUGCCAUAAAGCCGACUCUUCCCGAGGUGCCGGAGUCAGUUCUUCGAACAGUAUCUGUUCUUAUCACACCUACAAUCACACAUUGCAGUCUUGCAACAGUAAUAGGCCUCGGCGUACGUGUUCGGCUCGAGCAGUCACUCCCACCACGGUUUCGUGUGGAUGUGCGCAUCAAGGAAGGCUCUCACAGUACAGCCGAAGAGGUGAAUAAGCAACUAGCUGAUAAAGAAAGAGUGGCUGCUGCAUUGGAAAAUGGAACCCUAAUGGGUGUAAUUGCAAAAAUGCUUGAAACAUGUCAAUAAGCUUGCUGACUCUGCAAUUGUUGCGAAUUUACUAAAGUUGCAAUCGGUCAAUUCCUCCUUGCUAUACACUAUGAAUGAUAUUUAUGUGAAUAAUGUU